GUCGUCGCAGUUCGACGGCGCUGCUACGGGAGCCAGAUCUCAAUGGUCGGUUGGUCGUGGUCAUCAGCUGUGAAACGUAACAACAACGGAACGCGACGAGGAACGCACGAACGAACGGACGGACGGAGGUGCGUACAUACGUACGACGUUUUACGGUACGAUAGUGCGUUAGAUUGACGCGUAAAUGGCGGUGCUACCAGAAUGAGGUACGUCGUCCUCGUGCCGCGUAGUAAAGUUGUAAUGGGUCUCGUCGCCGAGGGAUCGUGCCCUUCGACCCGGUGUUACGGCAACAAAUGACACGAGUCAUAGUUCAGAGGUUACUAAAUCCUCGGUGUGAAACGACGACAACAACAGCGGCACCAACAACAGUAACAACGAGAAGGAGGAAGGAACUCUGACUCUUACGCGCGUACAAGGUUGUGCAUAGAGAUACCGUUACAACUAAAACAUCAACAAACAACAGCUGAUCGUACGCGCAAGUGUGUGUUGCACGUGUCCGACGAUUUCCACCGUGUGGUAAAAACAUCACGCACCGUUUACAAAGUACACUCGCAGUUUAAACAAAGAACGAAACGAACCAACCAAAAACAAAACAAAAAAACAAAAAAAGAAAAGAAACAAGAAGAGGAAAAGUAAACUAUUAUACCUACGUACGUAAAAGAGAAAGGAACGGGAAAACAAUCUUAAUAUUAUUAUGCUAUGUGUAUAUAUAUAUAUAUAUAUAUAUACACACAAUAUAUGUUUUACGAAUAUAUAAUACAUGCAGUGUUUCCGAAACAAAGGCAGGCGAGAGGAAUACAAUUUAAAAUAAUUCUAUUUCUUACUCUUAUUUUAAUGUAAAUUGAGAGACUGAAAUCGAGGAAUGAGGAAAUAAACUUUCGCCGAGAUGCAAACCGAAAUUAUGUACCGGAAGGCGGCAACGGCGAUGGGAACGCCGUCAUCGUCCUCGGUGACGGUUGUGAAAAGAGAGCCGAAGGAUGCGAGAGAGACGAUUCACUCGGGUCACUUUAUGGUUUCGGACUUCGAGGCGGAGGCCCAGGAUGACGAGGACGAGCUUGCCGUCCCCGUGCCCGAGGAGGAGGCCGCUCGUCUCGCCAUAAUAGCGCCGCCAGGAUUUUCCUUGGAGAAAUUUGUCACCGGAUCGUCGACCAGCAGAAACUCCUCACAGCAGCUGAGCAUCGAGACUUCCCUGAACAAACUCUUUCAAUGCAUGUCCCUCGCCUACAGACAGAAGUUGACAUCGCCAAAAUGGAACCGUUUCAAAGGUAUCAGACUCCGGUGGAAGGACAAAAUCCGUUUGAACAACGUGAUAUGGAGAUGCUGGCAUAUGCAGUUUAUACUCAAGCAAAACACUCUGGUGUGCCAAUUUGCGUCGCCCUUGGAUGUCGAUACGCACAAUAAACCAGAGGCCGUAGUUUUGGAGGGAAAGUACUGGAAGAGAAAACUAGCUGCUGUUACGGCAGAGUACAAGAAAUGGCGCAUGUUUUAUCGCAACAAGGUACUCGGCUGGACAAACAAAGAUGGCAGCGAUAUGUUGGAAUCGAUGGAUAUGUUGGAUUGGGAUGGUGGAUUGGGAAAUGCGGGUGGCUUUGGCGGAGGAAUAGGAAGUUUGUACGGUGUAACAGGUGGGACGCUAGGAGGGGACACUUUGCACAGCAUGAUGGUCGAUGAGGAUUACAUGGAGCUGAUGACCGAUACCCUGUUCUCUACGAUUAGCUCUAAUCAACCAUUUCACUUUCCUGACCCAAGAGAAAUUGCUCGAGUUGCCAGUUUGGCCGAUUUUAUUCAACCAAGUCUUGGACCGUUGCAGCCCAAUCUUGACGAUUUUAUGGAUACUCUUGAGCCAUUACAAGAAUUCUUCAACUCAAAACUACCACCGGUGCCGGAAGAAGAAGACGUUUUUCGUAGCAGUUCAUUGAACAAUAAUUACUCCGAACUGGAUCUCAUGCCGCCCAUAAGCCAAGCCAAUCAAAUAAACCAAAUCCCAUCGAUGGAUAUACAGCCGCAGUUGAAUUCAACGACUACGACGAGUCAACAACAUACGGACACCAUGCAGAAUCUCCAGUUUACAGCCAAACUGUUCGGUCAGCAGCAGCAACAUCAACAACAACAACAACAACAACAACAACAACAACAACAACAACAACAACAACAACAACAACAACAACAACAACAGCAGCAGCAGCAGCAGCAGCAGCAGCAGCAGCAGCAGCAGCAGCAGCAGCAACAUCAACAACAACAACAGCAGCAGCAGCAACAUCAACAACAACAACAACAGCAGCAGCAACAGUCUACAGCUUACAAAAAUAACAUGAGUAGUAUAUCAGAAAGUUAUAACGCCGUUCAGCAGAGCUACGCAGAAGCAACACCGUCGAGACAACCUAGCAGAGGAAAAGGUAGACAAAGCAGAUCUACAACUAGGUCGAAUCAUUUGGCGCAGCAAAAUGCAUAUCAACAAACCAGCCAGCAGCAAAACUUAACGUAUCAGCAACCUUCUCCUACGCAAGAACAACACCAGCAGCAGCAACGACGGCAGCAACAACAACAGCAGAAUUAUUCAAUGGAGAUGCAGACUGUUCAACUAAACUCGCCGUCUAAUCAACCCCAAAUAAAUUCGCUCAAUAACCAAACUGUGACCAGUAACCAUGUAGCUCCGGUGACAAGCCAUGUACAAAAUUAUUCUCAACCACCUUCUCCGCCGCAAACCCAACAAAGGACAAUAAGGCCAAUGCCAUUGGCAACCUCGACAUCGAAACCAUACAAAGCGGUCCAACCGGUGCAGGGCUACAAAUUCACUCUUCCGUCGCAAAAGUUUACCUCCCAACAAUGCAAGUUCACUGGCUCAAGCAGUUACAAGAAUUUACCUGCGCAGCAAGUCUCCCCGAUGUCCACCCCCCAGCAAAAUCAGUCACAAGUAUUGGGGACCUCUUUUCAAUACAGACCUGUCAGACUGGACCCCACCGCUCCAGCACAGCAUCCUGCCAAACUUUUGCCACGACCGGUUGUCCCUACUACCGAAAAAGAAGAAGUGUUUGCUGUACCGAAGUACCAAAUGAAGUCUAGAAAUCGAUCACGCAGCAGCUCGUCUUUAGUGCCUCCUAGAGUUAAUCCACCUCCCCUAGUCUCAGCAGUUAGCGAUCCUGCGCUCAAUCUGAACAACAACGUUCUACUUGCCCAGCUGCUUACCAACAACACGUCGAACCUUUACACAGUUAGUAGCGGACCUGAGAAAGUGACGCCCGUCAGUCAACCUAGUGGAGUAAAACACAUAUUACCUAUGCCAUCGUCGGCUCAGUCUCCUGCUCAAACCAGUGGCACAACUCUCCUUAUUACCACACCAGUAACUGUUCAAUCUAUUCAAGCGACUCCUGUACAGACGCAGCAGCAGUCGAGCGGGCAGCCAAUCUUGCUCGGUGCCAACAGUCAGCCACAGCAACCAAUCGGCAGCCCUGGUUCACCGAAAGAUAAUUCUAGCGCGCACAGUCCGCAAGGCCUAAGUCUUAGCCCGCUUCAUAGUCCGAUGAGUAUAGGAAGCCCAUUGUCGCCGAGUCGGACUUACGUUAAGGGUGACCCUGAGCGAGGGCAGUAUAAGGAACAACGAAGAGUGGGGCACAUUCAUGCCGAGCAGAAACGGAGAUACAAUAUUAAGAAUGGAUUUGACAUGCUGCACAGUUUAAUACCUCAGUUGAAUCAAAAUCCUAAUAGCAAAUUGAGCAAGGCUGCUAUGCUGCAAAAGGGGGCUGACUAUGUCAGGCAACUUAGGGCGGAGAGGAAUCAGCUUAAAGACGAAAUGGACAGUUUGAGACAGCAGAUAGAAUGCCUCAAUUCUUCUAUAAGCAAUUGUCAAUUGAUGCUUCCUGCAACCGGAGCCCCGGUUUCCAGGCACAGGACAAGUAAAAUGAAGGAGAUGUUUGAUGACUACGUGCGAACACGGACGCGUGAAAAUUGGAAGUUCUGGAUUUUCAGCAUUUUACUUGAGCCAUUGAUGGUUUCCUUCAAUACUUCGGUGUCUACCGCGAGCCUAGAGGACUUGUACAGAAGUACAAUGCUUUGGGUAGAGCAGCACUGUUCCCUUGUAGAUCUCAGGCCAGCUGUUCUAAACUCUCUGAGGUGCCUUUGUACAGCAACUGAUAUUUUAUCAGACCCUAGUCGUCUUCCCGAGGAGGCGUUGGCAGCUGUUAAUCGAACGGAUCAGCGUCGGCCUGCUCAGUGACGAUUUGCCCUUAAAAAUCAUAGACUUUAUGAGGUGUUGAAAAAAAAUACUGUACCUACAGAACUUUCAAUGCGUACGUAACGGGCAUAAACGAAGCAGGACAGUUACCAUGAAAUUUAUAGUCGAAAACGUUUAGUCUGUAUCGGGCAUGUUGUGAAAAAUCACGAUACGAUUGAAAUUCUACAAGCGGCAAAAACCUCCGGCGUAAGAUAGUACGAGCAUACAUACAUGGAUAUUUCAGUACGGAGAAGAUAUUAAACCGACCAAUUGAAGUUUCAUUGCAGAAUUUUUAUAGAAUUAAUUUGUCAUCACUGGCGGAUUAAUACAUUAUGUUAUGUCUACAUCGAUCUUAUCAAUUGGCGACAUUACCUCUUCUCUUUACUCUGUCUUAAUCUAUCGCCUAUCGUAUGGUGGCUAAAGGACCAUGUCUCAUGAACUUUGUCAGUUACUUGCUAUCGUUAACGGGGUAAUUUAGACAUAGUUUCGUAAGUGCCGCUGGAACUCAGCUGAGGACAUUGCUAGAUUCCAAUGAAAAAUCCCAUGGAAGUAAUUAGAGGGAAAAAAAGAACAGUUUAAACCGAACAAUCACAGAGUACAUAAUUGUAUAACGAUUACGAUUAUAUAUUUUUUAAACAAUGAGUAUAAAGAUACGUUAGGGUAUGUAUACUUAGAUGUGUUAAGAAAGCUGACGGGGUAAAAGCAAAAAAUAUGUAUAUGUAGAUAAUAAGUGUUAAAAAUGUUAAGAAUUUUUUAUAUUAUCGGUUGAUUGAAACCAUACAUAUUAACAAUCUUUUUUGUAUCAGGUUUAUUUAACAGGAAAUAUGUAUAGGUACUACUAUGUCGCGUCCGUGUGUAUGUGUGCGUCUGAAUUCAAUUUGUAUACCAUAUAUUAUAGUGCUUACAUCGUGAAAUCGUCACAAGGGAAUAAAAGUUUGGUACAUUAACGGGGUACAAAAAUUCGAACAUUUUUUUAAUUCUGGAGACGACGCGAAUUACAUUUGUGCAAUGUAAACGAAGAGAGUAAAAAAGGAAACAAUUUUCGAUGACACGUGCCAUUAUCUUUUUAUAUACUUUUUUUUUCUUAAUUCUACCACACGUUCAAAAAUUAUAAGUAUAGGAACAUACAUACUUAUAUACAGGUAUGCUCUGAUGAUAUUGCUCGUUAUACGUGUGAUGUAAUUUUGUAAUAUUCAAUGAAUAUUAUCAAUUUACCAGAUGGUACGGGGUUGAACGUUUUUCGUUUGUCACUAUGGUUUUCUAGUAAUGCUAAAAUUACUACCCAUAUUCUCAGAAAUUUGAAUGGUUGAUCAAUUUUAGACAUUAUGUUCUGUAAUAUAAUAUAAUAUAUUAUAAACGAAUAUGUUCACGACGUUUGCCCUGGUCUUUAGUGCACUACUAACACAGACUUCAUAACGUACCCUUAAAAAUGUCUUCUUCAAUAUGUGCCUGCGAAGCAAUUUUGAGAGAAAAAAAAAACUUGAAAUGUAAAUGUAAAAUACCUCUAAUCUGCGGAAAAAUGUGUUAGUAGAAUAAUGAGAUUGCUGGCAAAUGCAUGUAACAAAGGUUUGCUCAUGGAUACAAAAUCUUGCGUAUCCAAAACCGCUAAUCUCACGGGAUAUGAGAUUUUUUUUUGUCCAAUUUUCAUUAUUAUUACCGUUGUUAAAUUUCAUGUUAUAAUGUACAAAUCCUUUAUUAUGAUUCAGUUGUGUCUGAUGAAACUGAUGUAGUUGCGAAGGACCUCUGCAUAUCGUUGAGUUGUUUAAAAUUAGUAAGGAAACAAGAAGAAUAAAUAUUCAUUUCAUUCGUUAA